AUGAAGCCGCGGAUACAAUCCUUGCAGAACCUCACGCGCAUCUCGCGACCCUUCCCUACACCAUCCAUCACCAGGCAAAUCCCAGCCUUUCGCUACCCUCCGCGGAAGACGUUCCAAAGCUUGCAGCUCCGAAAUUUCGCUUUUUCGGCUCGUUCGAAGCUCGAAGACAAGAAGCAAUACGACUAUUCAAGCCCCAAUGCCAGACCAGCAAUCGAGCUCGAUCACCAUGUCACAAAGGCAGAACAAGAAGACUACGACCAGAAGGUCGAGAGAGAAAUGAAGGACAAGCAAAUACGCUCGCCAUGGAACAGAGAAGGUAGCGACGUGCCGCCAGUAGCACGACAAAGGAGUGCUGGCGCCAUGACCAAGGGAAAACUAUUGACGACACCCUCCCGCAUGCUCAAGCUUAUCCUGCCAUUGACAACCAAAGACACGAACAGCGACCGCAAAGAUGUCGAACCCCUCGCCCUUCUUGUCCACCCGCAACAGCCACUCUCCUACUUGGAGCGACUCAUUCAGGCAGAGCUUCCCAAAUUGAAGGACGAGAAUGGCCAUGAGCGCAUACCGAACGUGUAUUUCCGCGCCGAAGACUCUAUGCAAGACUCUAUACAACCCUCGGAAGCGGAAAAGACGCCCGUGAGUGAAGCCAACGAGACAUUGGAUGAGCAGGAAGGAGAAGAGGACUUCGAGAAGGUUGAUGAGAUUCGCAUCCAGGGCAAGACCGAGAAGACGGGCAAAUUGAAUUCAGCAACGGAUAGGAAGACACCUGACGAAGCUGCGCAGCUGCGAGGCGGUCCCGGCAAGGGCGGCGUAGAAUCGUACUCUGGUCUCGGACACGAGGCACCAGCGACCAAGGAAGAAGAGCGGAAGUUCGUGCGUUGGUCUAGUAGUACCGAGAUUGGAGACUUCAUCCGUGACGCUGCAAGAGGCCAGGAAUUCGCCGUCGAAAUUGAAGGCGCACCGGAACAUGUCCGCGUUGGCGUGCCCUCAUUCAACGACAGGACGUACUACCUGCGCAUGCGUCUGCGGAAGCUCUCAAAGAAUAUUGCUGGCAUGGCCGAGUUGAAAAAGGAGUGCGACCAUCUCGCACACAAGAGCGCGCAGCGCGUUGCCCAGGCGGGCUUCGCUGGUAUAAUAGGAUGGUGGCUCGUCGUGUACCAUCUUACCUUUCAGACUGAGCUUGGCUGGGACGUCAUGGAGCCUGUCACAUAUCUCGUCGGUCUUAGCACCCUAAUCGGCGGUUAUAUGUGGUUCCUAUAUCACAAUCGCGAAGUCUCGUACCGCUCCGCGAUGAACUUCACCAUCUCCCGCCGACAGCAGAAACUGUACACUCAGCGUGGCUUCGAUCUGCGCAAGUGGGAGACUCUCAUCGAAGAAGGUAACGCUCUACGCAAGGAGAUCAAGGCCGUCGCCGACGAAUACGACGUUGAGUGGGACGAGCUAAAGGAGGAGAAGGACGAGAAGGUCGCCGAGGCACUCAGGGAUGAGCGCAAGAGACAGAAGAGCAAGGAUAAGGACGACGACGAUGACAAGGGAGACAAGCCGAAGGCCAAGGGUGAUCAUUGA